UCACAUGACUCGAAGUGUAGUCUGUGCAGCUGCUGAAGCUUGUGUUAAACUAAAGUCUCUCAGAAGCCCGUGGUAGUGACAUUUCGUGCGUCGGAGAUUUUAAGAUGGUUGUGAUUGUUUAAUUAGCUCUAACACUUCGAAAAGGAAAUAUUCUACAGCACGGUGCUUUUUUAAACUACCGAUCAUGUCACAUCAUAGAUAUUCUAAAUCGGUAAAUCCAAGGUAAAUCCAGGAUAGGCGAAGUGUGUUUCCUUAUGUAGCCUAAUCAAGGCUAGGCUACCUUCAGUAGGACUGUUGCUGUCCCAACAUCCUCUGUCCCGAGUUUGAAAGUUGCAAGAAGAUGGCGGCGGCCGAUUCACUACAGGGAGACAGCAGGAGUCACAUGGUGUGUGAGCGUCUGGGUCUGGUGGGCCAGAACCUGGACCUGUCGGACACCAUGGUGCAGCAGAGACUGGAGGAGAUCAAAGACCAGAUCAAGAGGGAGAUCCGCAAGGAGCUGAAGAUCAAGGAGGGGGCGGAGAACCUCCGCAGGGUCACCACCGAUAAGAAGAGCCUGGCCUAUGUGGACAACCUGCUGAAGAAGUCCAACAGGAAGCUGGAGGAACUCCACCACGAACUGCAGGAGCUCAACGCCCACAUUGUGGUGAAGGACCCUGAAGACCUGCCAGAUUCAAUGUGCCAGGAUAACCCAGACACCCCCUGCAGCGAGUCGAAGAUGAGCAGCAGUAGAUUAGCGGCCCUGAAGAAGCAGAACGACAUCGAGUUGAAAGUGAAACAAGGGGCGGAAAACAUGAUCCAAAUGUAUUCCAACGGAUCCUCCAAGGAUCGAAAACUGCUAGCAACCGCUCAGCAGAUGCUCCAGGACAGCAAGACGAAGAUCGAGUUCAUCAGGAUGCAGAUUCUCAAAGCCAGCCAGAACAACGACAUGGCCUUUGAGAACAGUGAUGUCUCUGUGGCCAAACCCAUGGCGAGUGCCCUGGACAUGAGGUUGGAGGAGUUGCGACAUCACUUCCGGAUCGAGUCUGCUGUCGCAGAAGGUGCCAGAAACGUCAUGAAACUGCUGGGUUCUGGCAAGAUCACAGAGAAGAAGGCUUAUUCUGAGGCCCAGACCCAGUUUAACGAGUCCAGCCAGAAGCUGGACCUCCUCAAGCUCUCCCUGGAGCAGAGGCUGAGCGAACUGCCCAAGAACCACCCCAAGAGCUCCCUCAUCAUGGAGGAGCUGGCGCUGGUGGUGUCUCCCCCCUUCAGCCCGCGCCACAGCGUUUACUCUGCCAACAACCAGUACAGCACAGUCACCAAGCCGGCAGCGCUAACAGGCACCCUGGAGGUGAGGCUGAUGGGGUGUCAGGACCUCCUGGAGAGUGUUCCCGGUCGCUCCAAAGCCCCGUCCACGUCCCACCCCGGCUGGAGCCCCGCAGACCGCUCCUCCCUGCUGAGCCGCGCCAACAAAACCAGGGGGGUCAGCGCCCGCGCCCUCUCCAAGUCUGACGACCUAUCCAAUGAGAUCAGCGCUGUGCUGAAGCUAGACAAUGCCAUGGUGGGACAGACCAGCUGGAAACCAGCCAGUAACCAGGCUUGGGACCAGAAGUUCACACUGGAACUGGACAGGUCCCGUGAGCUGGAGAUUGCGGUGUACUGGAAGGACUGGAGAUACUUGUGCGCUGUCAAGUUCCUGCGGCUAGAAGACUUUCUGGAUAACCAGCGCCAUGGCAUGUGCCUCUACCUGGAGCCCCAAGGCAAACUCUUUGCUGAGGUGACCUUUUUCAACCCUGUCAUCGAGAGAAGACCUAAACUACAAAGGCAAAAGAAAAUCUUCUCAAAACAACAAGGUAAGACCUUCCUGCGGGCUCCCCAGAUGAACAUUAACAUAGCAACCUGGGGUCGUCUGGUGAGGAGGGCCAUCCCGUCCGUCAACAGCUCCUUCAGCCCUCAGGGCACGGAGAUGACCUCUGACCUGGGCCCUGAAACGUACACCGAGCUAGCCCCCCAGCCCGGCCCCAUCAGUGAUUCAACUGUGUCCAGACUGGACUAUGACGAAGAGCUCUUUACUCCCUUGAAACGACACUCGAUGGCUCUGGAUAUCACAGAACUUCUGGAGAUACCAGUGUUGGGGAGAAAAACUGAGGAUGGACAGGAAGUCCAGGAUGCUUUGUCUACUUUCGACUUCCUGAAUGACAGUAGGAACAGCAUGUUGGGCCGAUCAGAUCUGGACCAGGAAGCGGAGCUGCCAUCCGAACGCAAGCCCGCCGUUACCCAGCACACCACAGAAACGAGACCACAGUCCCAGUUCAAUUUGGAGGACUUCAGAUGUUUGUCCGUUUUAGGCCGCGGGCACUUCGGGAAGGUGCUUUUGUCAGAGUACAAAAACACAGGGGAGAUGUUCGCCAUUAAAGCCUUGAAGAAAGGGGACAUUGUAUCACGUGACGAGGUGGACAGCCUCAUGUGUGAGAAGAGGAUCUUUGAGACGGUGAACAGCAUCCGCCACCCCUUCCUGGUCAACCUCUUCGCCUGCUUCCAGACCAGCGAGCACGUGUGCUUCGUCAUGGAGUAUGCGGCGGGCGGAGACCUGAUGAUGCACAUCCACGCCGACGUGUUCUCCGAACCCCGGGCGGUGUUCUACGCUGGCUGUGUGGUCCUGGGAUUACAGUAUCUUCACGACCAUAAGAUUGUGUACAGAGACCUGAAGCUUGAUAACUUAUUGCUGGACACAGAAGGUUAUGUGAAGAUCGCCGACUUUGGCCUUUGCAAAGAAGGGAUGGGCUUUCAAGACCGGACUAGUACAUUCUGCGGCACACCAGAGUUCCUGGCUCCGGAGGUGCUGACGGAGACGUCGUACACGCGGGCCGUGGACUGGUGGGGGCUGGGAGUGCUCAUCUUUGAGAUGCUGGUUGGGGAGUCUCCUUUCCCAGGGGAUGAUGAAGAAGAAGUGUUUGACAGCAUCGUCAACGAUGAAGUUCGCUACCCCAGAUUCCUCACCACGGAAGCAAUCUCCAUUAUGAGACGGCUUCUGAGAAGAAACCCGGAGCGACGUCUGGGGGCGGGCGAGCGAGACGCAGAGGAAGUCAAAAAGCAUCCUUUCUUCCGAAACCUGGACUGGAACGACCUUCUCACAAAGAAGCUCCGCCCUCCUUUUGUUCCUACCAUCAAGGGCAGGGAAGACGUCAGCAACUUUGACGAGGAGUUCACCUCGGAGGCUCCCGUCCUGACUCCGCCCAGGGAGCCCAGGCUUCUGACGUCCAGCGAACAGGAAAUGUUUGAUGACUUUGACUACAUUGCAGACUGGUGUUAAGCCCUCCGCCCCGCGCCACCUCCUCGACACUGUGAACGGUACCAGAGCAGUGGCAGUAGCAUCCAGAUACAGAACAAUGACAGCACCCUUGGUUGGGUCUUGCUAUGCUGCUGUCAGGGCCUUAAGGGAUUUAAACCGUUUUUUUGGAAGGUUUUUACAUCAAAAAAGGUUUUUAAGUGUACCAUUUUUUUUAAGGUAGAGGUCUUCUAUCAUCCAUGUUGCUCUUGUCAUAUGAACCUGUUCUGCAUCAGCUCUUGUCCAAUUUCAAAGGAAAAAAGGAUGGACUGGGGAUCGAAUGAAUAACUUGAAUUGUGUCUGCUAAAGAACUGGCUGACAAAAAACGUUGUGAUCCGAUGACCUAAUCUGGUCCUAUCUUUUUUGUUUUUAUUUAAAGAUGCCUUAAACAUUGACGUAACACAAAACGUUGUAGUAAGUAACCAUCACUGAAAACCUACCAAAGUUGCCAAAUGUUCAUUCAAUCUCUUUGGACUUGGCCAGGUGUUUCUUGCAAUACUCGAUGGUUUCCAGCUUUGGUGUCGAAAUAAGAAUCACCAUUACCAUUCCAUGAUGUGUUUUGGUAUAUUGAAAAAUAUUAAUUUUAUACUAUUUUUGUAAGCACACCAGAAUCUUGAAUCUGAUGUAUAGCGUUUUAUAGAAUUCCUGGAAGGAGGUAUUUUAAAAUAAGCCAAGUGCACAGCUCAAUGUUGCAAGUUCAGAAUUUGGAAGGAAAGUAUAUGAUAGAGAUGUGUACAUCAUAUGGCUGGUUAAAACUGGUAGAAUAUACGUAGAUCGACACUGUAUUUUUAAAUGCGUCGUAGUCUGGUUAUUUUGUUAACGAGAUAAAUAAUCCAUGCUGUGUAGAAAAAUUAGCUUUUCAUUAUUGAUUCAUGAUCUCAAAUGUUACCAGUUAAGCAGCACUGGGGCUGAUUAUGGGAUGUCAAAUAAAUCUCCUGAGAAACAGAUGUUGCAGUGAGACCUGAUUUCAAAAUGGUCCCAAAACUCAUUAAAUUAAUGGUGGACUUUGAAA